CAGAUGUCUUUCUUCCUGGCUGAGAUGUUUCUGUGGUCUUUGAAGACCAACUUGCAUAUUAGAGAUGAAGACAUUGGGAUCCACCAGUACUAUGACAAGAAAGAACCAGCAUCACAGAUGAAGCACGGUUACUUAGAAGAAAAGCAAAAGCUGGCAGAAUCUCGAGAUUAUCCUUGGAUACUAAAAACCAAGCGACCAGACAAACUGCGAGAUGCACUCAAGGAGGUAGAGGACUUAAUGCAAAACUGUUCGUGUGUGCUGAGCAAAUGGAAGAACGAACAUACCUGUCAGCUCCUCUUUCACUCAGGCAUCUUGGUGUCCCUAAGCCUUUCUGGGCCUCAGCUGGAGAAAGUGGUGAUUGACAAGACCCUGGUGGGAAAGCUCAUCUCCAACACCAUCAGUGAUGCUGUUCUUACAGACAAUUUCAUCAUCUUGUCAUUUGAGGACCAUAACCAACUCUGCUUUAUUCAGUUUACAAAGAAGAUGGAUUCUCCUGAUGUAAACAAAAGACUGGAAAAACUCUCUUGUUUGGACUUUAAGAUUUCUGACAUUGAUAUACUUGGACCAGAAGGUAGAAGGAUGAAACGUCACCUAGCAAUAAAUUGUAUGCAAGAUAUGGUCAUUUGCUGGUGGUCAGCAACUAGUGAUGGAGCAUGGCCUUGGUCUCCUAUUUCCAGUGAGAGGGACAGAGCCAACUUAUUGCUAUUAGGCUGUGCACAUGGCAAAUUGGAGGUCCUGAGUUAUGUCCGUACAGAGUGGGAUCCUCUCGAUGCUAGCUUCAGCACUCAUCAGCCUUACCAGGUGUACACAGUCGAGCACUCAGUCUCUGCAGCCAAAGAGCCCAUGGUUGACAGCUGCAUCUACAAGUGCAUUAGGAAUAAAAUUCAGUGUGUGGCCGUCACCAGGAUACCGCUGCGAUCCAAGGCCAUCAGCUGCUGCAGAGAUGUUACAGAAGAUAAACUAGUCCUGGGCUGUGAAGAUUUGUCAAUAAUUCUGUAUGAAGCCUACAACCAAGUGACUCUGUUAGCCCAAGCAGAACUGCUGCCUGAUGUAAUAACCUAUCACCCUUCUGGAGCCAUAUUCGUGGUCGGCAGCUCUCAAGGGGAGCUGCAACUAUUUGACACAGCACUGUCCCCAAUUAAAAUUCAGCUUUUGGCACAAGACUAUUCACCUCAGACAACUCUGCAAUUCAGUAAACACUUUGAGGUGCCUAGCAGCCUCAUCCAGAUCCAGUGGGCUGCUCCUUCAGUUGCAUUUGCCAGCCCUCAUGGCACAGAUAUUCAUGAUCUUUUGUUGGUUAGAUUUGUCAAAGGACCCUUGGGAGUACUUCAUUUUAAACUUGGUGUGAUCACAAAAGGACAACUGGGCCUUGUGGAAAUCAUCCACCAGUACAUUCGUUACGAUGAGAUACAUGAGGCAGUUAAUGUCCUGAACACCAUGAACUGGAACACUAUGGGUCGUCAGUGCUAUAUCUGCACAACUGCCAUUGUCAACCACCUUCUUAAACAGAAGCUUACACCAGACAGAGAAGCACAGCUUGAGGCAAGCCUGGGAACCUUUUAUGCUCCAACAAGACCCCUCUUGGAUACAACUGUGCUGGAGUACAGGGACCCAAUCAGCAGAUACGCAAGAAGGUUCUUCCACCACCUGCUCAGGUUUCAGAGGUUUGAGAAGGCAUUUCUGCUAGCUGUUGACAUAGGUGCUCGGGACCUGUUUAUGGACAUCCAUUACCUUGCACUAGAUAAGGGUGAAUUGGCACUAGCUGAAGUGGCGAAGAAAAAGGCUAAUGACAUUGAUGCAGAAUCAAUAACUACUGGAAUUGAACUUCUGGGGCAGUCAGAUGAAGAAGACCCAUCUUGCAAAGCUUUCAUUGACAGAUCUUCAGAGCAGGGAGGAGGACACAACCUGCCUGAUCCAGGCCCUGCCAUGAGAACACCAGUGCAGAGCUGCUCCCACAG